UGACGUUCUGUUCUCUCAUAAUCUGUUAGUGUUCAGCGUUAAGAAUAAAGAAUUGUGUCGUGGUCGCGUAUUUUUAUUUAUUUAUUCUCGCACGAUGACUUGUUCCCAAAACGUUUAGUGUCCUUAAAAAAUAUUUAAUUCUACCGAUCAUAGGAAGCGGUUUUUGUGGCGUGUGUAAAAAAGUGAUAACUGAUUGUGUGUAGAAUGAACGGCUGAUUCACAUAUUGGAAAUAACUGGAUGAAACGAUGACUUCAAGACGUCUCAAUUUUUCCUAUCUCUGCCUCUGUGUCAUUGCCCUCCACUAUUUCUCGACAGUUAACUCAGAAAGACCUCAAAGUGUAACAGAGAAACAAAGACAUGAUGGCUGGUUCAACAAUUUGGCACAUCCUGAGUGGGGAUCUGUUGACAGUCACCUCAUCAGGCGAGCCCCAUCCGCCUACUCAGAUGGGGUGUACAUGCUUUCCGGCCAGAACCGGCCAAGUCCUCGCAAACUCAGCAGGUUAUUCAUGAAAGGAAUAGACGGGCUAGGUUCGAUGAACAACAGAACAGCCCUCCUGGCGUUCUUUGGGCAACUGGUGACCUCGGAAGUAGUAAUGGCCAGCGAGAGCGGAUGUCCAAUUGAGAUGCAUCACAUCGAAAUUGAAAAAUGUGAUGAAGUAUACGACAAAGACUGCAAAGGCAAUAAGUACAUUCCAUUUCACAGAGCCAGCUACGACAGAAAAACUGGACAAAGUCCGAAUAGUCCCAGGGAACAAUUAAAUCAAGUCACCAGUUGGAUAGAUGGAAGCUUCAUAUACAGUACAAGUGAGCCUUGGAUAAACGCCAUGAGGUCCUUCCAAAAUGGCACGCUCCUAACUGAUAGUACUGGCACAAUGCCGAUUCGCAACCACGUAAGGGUUCCGUUAUUCAACAACCCCGUCCCUCACAUGAUGAAGAUGUUAAGCACAGAGCGAUUGUUUUUACUUGGUGAUCCAAGAACAAAUCAAAACCCUGCGUUAUUGACGAUCAGCAUAAUAUUCUUCCGGUGGCACAACGUAAUUGCUAAUCGAAUCAAAGAGCAACACCCCAACUGGAGCGACGAAGACAUAUUUCAGAAGGCCCGAAGACUAGUCGUGGCAACGCUGCAAAACAUUAUAGCUUACGAAUACAUACCGGCGUUUUUGGGGGAGCAGUUACCGCCAUACGAAGGGUACAAACCCGACGUCCAUCCGGGGAUUACCCACGCGUUCCAGAGCGCUGCGUUUCGAUUUGGACACUCUUUGAUCCCUCCUGGCCUUUACAGAAGGGACGCGCAAUGUAACUACAAAAAAACGGCGAUGGGAUAUCUCGCUUUGAGACUGUGUUCGACUUGGUGGGAUUCAAAUGAUGUUCUUACGAACAAUUCCGUUGAAGAACUAAUAAUGGGCAUGACAUCCCAAUUAGCAGAGAGAGAGGACUCGGUUCUUUGCUCCGAUGUAAGGGACAAAUUAUUUGGCCCUAUGGAGUUCUCCAGACGAGACCUAGGAGCUUUAAACAUUAUGCGGGGUAGAGACAACGGUCUCCCAGAUUAUAACACGGUUAGGUCUUACUAUAAUUUACCAAAAAUAAAGAACUGGAGAGACAUCAAUCCGAAAUUAUUUGAAGAGAGACCGGAACUUCUCAGACUUUUGGUUGCAGCGUACUCGAAUAACAUCAAUAACAUUGAUGUGUACGUUGGAGGGAUGCUGGAAAGUUACGGGGGUCCAGGUGAAUUAUUUAGAGUGGUAAUUAAAGAACAGUUUGCUAGAAUAAGGGAUGCAGAUAGGUUCUGGUUCGAGAACGAGGCAAAUGGAAUAUUUUCAAAAGACGAAGUAAAUGAAAUAAAAAAAAUUACAUUGUGGGACGUCAUAAUCAACAGUACCAGCAUAGAGCCUAAUGCCAUACAACGAAACGUGUUCUUCUGGGUCAAAGGAGAUCCAUGUCCUCAACCGAUGCAGUUAAAUAUAUCUUUAAUGGAACCCUGUAAAAUUUUAAGUGGAUAUGAUUAUUUUGAGGGCAACGAAUUGGUUUACAUAUACGCUUGCGUAUUCCUAGGAUUCGUCCCCAUUCUAUGUGCAGGCGCUGGUUAUGGCGUGGUAAAACUACAAAACCGCCGAAGGCGACGUUUAAAAAUAAAACAAGAGGAAUUACGGAACGGAGAUUGUAAACUACCUGUAGAUGCGAUGAUCGUACACGAAUGGCUCCACGCGAAUCACAAACGGGUAGUAAAAAUUAAAUUUGGCCCCGACAUAGCCAUAAACGUAAUUGGAAGAAAAGGAGAAAAACUACGGACGGUCAGUUUGAAGAAUGUCGACUCUGUCGUUAUUGAAGAAUCGCUAGACGUUACAGCCAAGAAGAAGCCUAUGAUACUGAUUCACGUACCAAGAGACCACGAUUUAGUCAUAGAACUAGACUCCGUUGGCCUCAAGAAGAAGUUUUUAACCAAGCUAGAACUGUUCUUAACAUCUAACAAGAAGAGUUUGAUAUGUACCCAGAUAGUACGGGAAAUCAUGUUGGCGAAAGCUGAAACCAGGCAGAGACGGGAGAAAAAAUUGGAACAUUUCUUCAGGGAAGCAUAUGCAUUAACGUUUGGCCUAAGGCCUGGAGAAAGACGAAGAAGAUCCGACGCCACAGUCGACGGGGAGGUAGUUACCGUAAUGAGAACGUCGCUGACCAAAAGCGAAUUUGCAAGCGCACUAGGCAUGAAAUCAGACGCAGUGUUCGUAAAGAAGAUGUUUAACAUUGUUGAUAAAGAUGGAGAUGGAAGAAUCUCCUUUCAGGAAUUUUUAGAUACUGUGGUGUUAUUCUCCAGAGGUAAAACUGAAGACAAGCUACGCAUCAUCUUUGAUAUGUGCGAUAAUGAUGGUAACGGUGUGAUAGAUAAAGAAGAACUAUCUGAAAUGUUAAGAUCUCUCGUGGAAAUUGCUAGAACUACAAGUUUGUCCGAUGAUCACGUUACUGAGCUUAUUGAUGGCAUGUUUCAGGAUGCCGGACUGCAGCAUAAAGAUGUUUUAACGUACUACGAUUUUAAGUUAAUGAUGAAAGAGUAUAAAGGAGACUUCGUAGCGAUUGGUUUGGAUUGUAAGGGCGCCAAACAAAAUUUCUUAGAUACCUCCACAAAUGUAGCUAGGAUGACAAGUUUCCAUAUCGAACCCAGCUUAGAUGUUGAAAGAAAUUUCUUUAGGUUGAAAUGGGACAGCCUUACGACAUUUUUGGAAGAAAACAGGCAAAAUAUAUUCUAUUUGUUUUUGUUCUACGUGGUUACGAUAGCGCUGUUUGUGGAAAGAUUUAUACAUUAUUCGUUUAUGGCGGAACACACGGAUUUGCGUCACAUAAUGGGAGUUGGGAUCGCAAUAACUAGAGGAUCGGCGGCUUCGUUGUCUUUCUGUUACAGCAUCUUACUGCUAACUAUGUCAAGGAAUUUAAUAACGAAACUAAAAGAGUUUUCAAUUCAACAGUACAUACCGUUAGACACAAAUAUACAAUUCCACAAAAUAGCCGCAUGUACGGCUUUAUUCUUUUCAUUGCUGCAUACUGUAGGUCACAUUGUGAAUUUUUAUCACGUUUCUACCCAACCAAUAGAAAAUUUAAAAUGUUUAACCAACGAGGUUCGCUUCCCUUCUGAUUAUAAACCGGGUAUUACAUUUUGGUUAUUUCAGACAAUAACAGGUCUAACGGGUGUUCUUCUUUUUGUCGUUAUGUGUAUAAUCAUAGUAUUUGCUCAUCCAACUAUAAGGAAAAAGGCAUACAAAUUUUUCUGGUUUACACACAGCCUCUACAUUCUAUUUUAUGGAUUAUGUCUGGUUCAUGGAUUGGCUAGACUGACUGGAGCUCCAAGGUUCUGGUUGUUUUUUGUAGGUCCUGGUAUUAUUUUUACCCUUGAUAAGGUUGUUAGUUUGAGAACAAAGUAUAUUCCCCUCGACGUAAUUGAAACGGAACUGUUGCCAUCGGAUGUUAUUAAGAUAAAAUUCUACAGACCACCAAACUUAAAGUACCUCUCAGGGCAGUGGGUUAGAUUAGCUUGCACGGCGUUCAAAGUUCACGAAUUCCAUUCCUUUACACUUACUUCGGCUCCUCACGAGAACUUUCUAUCUUGUCAUAUAAAGGCUCAAGGUCCAUGGACUUGGAAAUUACGUAACUACUUUGAUCCUUGCAACUACAAUCCAGAAGAUCAACCAAAAAUUUUAUUGGAAGGGCCUUUUGGUGGGGGAAAUCAAGACUGGUACAAAUUUGAGGUGGCAGUUAUGGUUGGGGGAGGAAUAGGCGUUACUCCCUAUGCUUCCAUAUUAAAUGAUUUGGUCUUUGGAACGUCUACCAAUAGAUACUCUGGUGUAGCCUGCAAAAAGGUAUACUUUCUUUGGAUAUGUCCCUCCCAUAAGCAUUUCGAAUGGUUCAUUGAUGUUCUGAGAGACGUAGAGAAAAAGGACGUUACAAAUGUUUUGGAGAUCCACAUAUUCAUAACCCAAUUUUUCCAUAAAUUUGAUUUGAGGACAACAAUGCUAUAUAUUUGUGAGAAUCAUUUCCAACGACUGUCUAAAACUUCAAUUUUCACUGGGCUGAAAGCAGUCAAUCAUUUUGGCAGGCCGGAUAUGACCUCGUUUCUCAAGUUUGUACAAAAGCGUCACAGUUAUGUGAGCAAAAUUGGUGUAUUUAGUUGCGGACCUCGUCCCUUGACCAAAAGCGUGAUGUCUGCGUGCGAUGAAGUUAAUAAGGGUAGAAAACUGCCGUAUUUCAUUCACCACUUUGAAAAUUUUGGAUAAUGUAUUUGAUGUCUUUAGUACCUUUCAAAGUGUAUAUAUGUACGAAACUGUGUUACUUCUAGGUGUAUUUUAUUUAUAUUUUUUUAAAAUAAAU